UACUUUUCAUGAAUUGGUUAGUAUUCAAAAUGCAUCUAGGUACCAAGUAUAAUCAGGGAUUUACUGUAAACAGAAUGAAGGAAUUAGUAUAUAAUGGGCAGUCGAAGAGUAGCGUGACGAUGCGCAGUGGCAGCGUGGUAAGUGUGUAACCGGAACCGUGACAGCCUGAGUGUCUGUUAUAAAUGGGUGGAAAUGCAACUCUACUCACGACAUACAGGAUCGAUGACUACGGUAACGCUCUUCAUCAACUUCAUAUGCGGCUACUGACCGUUCAUCCCCGUGUUUAGCGAUAUGCUAGGAUUGCGCGAUGUAGCAAAAAAAGUGUAUCUUACUGCGAGAAGGCGCCAGCCUCCGGCACAGACAACCCAGCCUGAACUAAUAGAAACGGUGCGAGCGCACACGAGCUCAGUGGAGGCACUCGCGUUCUUCAAAGACGGCCGACGGAUCGUCACUGCUUCAAUGGAUAAAACAUUGCGAAUCUGGGACGUGGAGAAAAGAGCAUUUAUAGGAUGGCCAUUCAAGGGACACAGGGACAUUGUGAUGUCAGUUACUGUAUCGCCAGACGAUAGGCGAAUCGCCAGCAGUGGAGAAGAUAAUACCAUCAUCAUUUGGGAUGUCGAAAGCAAGCAAAUGGUAUUCAAACCGCUGGUGGAGCAUACACGCCGUGUGUCCUCGGUGUGUUUCUCCCCUGAUGGAGAGAGACUUGCAAGUGGGUCAUGGGAUGAUAGAGUUAUUAUAAGGGAUGCAGAGACUGGCGCUGUCCUCUCAACACUCAAGGGUCAGGGUUCGCACGUUUUGUGUGUCGCCUUCAGCCCGGACGGGCUAAAAUUAGCAUGCGGCGGAUCCCGUGGUAACAUUUGGGUUUGGUGCACCGAUAACGCCGAGCUUCUGUUCAAAAUCGACGCUCAUGGGGAUUGGGUUAACAGCGUUGUGUGGUCGCCUGACGGCCAGCAACUUGUCUCCGCAUCAGAUGACAAAACAAUCAAGUUUUGGGACUCCUCGAAUGGUUUCCAGAUCGGUCUACCUUGUACUGGUCACACUGGGAUAAUUUACUCCCUGGCCAUCUCUUCUGAUGAUUCAUUCAUUGCCACUGCCUCGCACGAUACGACUGUACGCUUAUGGAGUACAAAGUCACACCUCCAGAUAGGACAGGCCUUCAAACACACUACAUAUGUUGACUGCGUCACAAUUUCUCCUAGUGGAGAACUACUUGCGAGUGGAGACUGUGAUGGGAAUAUUUGGCUCUGGUCGAUCGAGAACAUACUUUCUGCAACAUUCGGGCUGGAUUCCUUACACCAUUCCUAUUUUGCACAUCGCAGUAAGAGGAAGCUUGGACGACAGCUCUAUGUGGAGGCCCUUUCAGACGCGAACAAGGUGCGGACGAUAUCUAUCUUUGUUUGAACAUUUGUGACGAUGUUUGUAGGUUAUUGAGCUCAACCCUUCGUCUUAUCUCGGGUACGAACUGAAGUACGCGGCUCUUCGUGGAGCACGACACUAUGAUGAUGCGUUUAAGGCCUUCAAGAUAAUGCUUUCCAUGUUGGAUGAUGCACCCGACCCGCAUAUACGACGUAAGCUCAAA